AUGGGCGUUAAGAGAGAAGAAUCUUGCGACAUCCCCCUCCCGAGCCGCGAGUUUAGCCGUGAGCUCUCUUUACCAUUCCGACCAUCCCCAGCCCCGUCUACUCGAUCAUCUUCUGCGGCCUUCCAUAGCGACCUGGCUCCCAACAAAAGCGCCAGAAAGAUUACAGCUGACCCCGAGAUUCUCCGCGUUCAACCAUACCUGAAGUUUCCCGGCUUCAUCCAACCCGAUGUCAUCAUCAGCAACGAGGACAGGAAGUUCAUCGGUCUCCUAGGUCUCAACAGAGACCUUGUCAUCCCCAACUCUCCCGACCUUCCCAUUCACCCAGAUCACAUGCAGUACUCGGUCGCUCUGAAGGUCGAAGAGAUCUUCUGUGCUGCCAACGGAGUUCUCUACGUCAUGGGAAGAUCCAAAGAGGCCAAGGUCAGCGAAAACAGAAUGAGUGACCUCAUCGAGACGUAUGCCCGUGGUCGGAAGGAGUACCUUGCCGACAAGGCGAACCCAAAGUUCUCGCGGCUGGCUGACCGCCAGAACUGUCGCCUCCUAAAGUCGGUUUACCAAUGGAUCGCGUUUCACGAGCUGGACGAGUCGGCCUCCUCCAACCUGUUAUGGUUCGAUGCCAAGCAUCGCUGGGUCGAACUGCAUCAAAUCAGGACCAUACCGGGCCGAACGUGGACGGCUGAGCAGGAAGCCUGGAUGCGUGAAGACAUCUCUGCUGGCCGGUACUAG